GUAUAAUCGACAGAAAAUGGCUGCCGAUUAUGUAUAGAUCAUAAUCGACAGAAAUGUUAUCGAUUAUGUCACGCCCCAAAACCUAAAUCCGAGAGCGUAACAGACGCCGUACACUUGUGAGACAAGUCCCACAAGUGCACAAGGCUCGAAACUUACUCAACAAAAUUAGUUUUGAUACCAUAAAUUUUUCAAUUAAAAUCUAACUUACAAGAGCAUGGUAUAUAUUCUAGAAUCUAUGUCAAAUCUCAAGUGGCUAGCCUUCUACCACGUCACUCUGUUGAUUUCCAUGACUCGGGUCACACUAUUUGAAAUGGUGGGUAAGGAAAAACGAGCAUUAAAUUAGGGACUUAUGUGUGAAAGAAAUAUUAUUUUGGGCUUAAUCACAACAUUUUCAAAAGUUGAGGGACUAAAAAGAAAGGAAAUUAGGAUAAGGAUGGCUGAGUUUUUCUUUCUUUUUUUUCUUCUUCCUUAUCCGCGUGCCUGCUCCGUUCUUCCCGAUUCCCUCCCGACAAGCCCCCCCCUAAGCCACCGACUGCCUCUUCCUUUGGAAACCGGUAAAGAGGCUUGAAAAUUCUCCUUCUUUCUUGCUUAAUCACAAGAUUUGGGGCUUAGAAUUCUCUCCCUCAACCCAGAAAAAUCCCAGAUCUGCGCUGUCUUCUUCCCUCUGUCCGUCGGCCUCUGCUUGUGUGGGUGUGAAUUUUCGGUUUUUCGGAGCCGUGAGCCUCCCCCCUGCAAUCCCGUCAGCCCCCAUGCUCGCCUGGUGCGGGUUCUGCUGUCCGAAAAAAAAGAUGAGAAUUCUGGUAUGUGCUAGUUUCUCCAAGGCUGAAUUUUACCCAUUUAGUAGUUGAAAUUAUACAUGUAGCUGCUGCCUUCUUGUCCGAAUUUUCUGUCAAAACAGGGGAAGAAUUGGCAGUGAAUUAAAUGUGUUUUAAGCUUGAUUAUGUAGAAUUUAGCUUGAAUUAGCUGCUGUGAUGUUUUGUGUGAGAAAUCCCGGGUGUGAGUGUGGUUUUGCCGAGCCAUUUUCUCCAUUUUUCUAUCCCGGGAGUUGGUAGCUUAAGUUGGUUUUUGUUUAAUUUAAGUGGAAAUUAGCUUGAAUUGGGUUGUGUGAUUUUGGAGAAAAAUCCCGUGAGAUUAGCUAUGUUUUGCCAAUUUUGGAAGUUGAGGUUAUUGUUCACGGUACUGUUCAUGAGUACUGUUCACACAUCGAGAGUCAACAAUUAACGGGGAUUUAAAUGUUUAGUUUGUAAUCUAAGAAUAAAUUUGGAGAUGUUUGGUUAUGUGAAGACCGAUAGAAAUAGCAUCGUGAUUAGGGGUUUUGAUCGUUCUGUCACCGUAGCACUUGGGUUAGCCUUCUGUUCUGUGCGAGUGAGAUUUUCUGUCAAUUCUGCAUGGUUUUGUCUCUGAUAUAGUCAUGAUUAAUGACGCCGGCUAGUGAGAACUGCAAACGCUAGCACAUGUCAACAUGUAUUUUUGUAGAACCGGUUCACCCUACCAAUGGGGUUAAACAUUGGUCAUUACUGACGCCUGCCAGUGGGAGUUGUUAAACACUGGUAUCAUUACUGACGCCUGCCAGUGGGAGUUUGUUAAACACUGGUACUUCUGAAACCCUGCCAAUGGGGUUAAACAUUGGUUAUUACUGAUACCUGCCAGUGGGAGUUUGUAAACAUUGGUACCAUUACUGACGCCUGCCAGUGGGAGUUUGUUAAACACUGGUACUUCUGUAACCUUGCCAAUGGGGUUAAACAUUGGUAACUACUGUGCCCGCCAAUGGAAGGUUUAUAAACGCUGGCCAUCACUUAUAGAUGAGACUACUAAACUGAAUUUCUCUUUUGCAUUAACGGUUUUGUCAUUAACGUUUUGCUAUUAAACUGAAUCUGAUUAUGUUUUUAACGAGUUAUCAUUGAAAGUUUUGUUAUGUUUACAUGGUUUAUCUAGCAUGCUUAGAUUUUACUAAAGGGCUAUCCAUAUUUACUUACUGAGAUAUUUUAUCUCAUAGUUUUUCUUAUCCACCAUUUCAGGAAUUGAAACCGAUGACGGGAAAACCAAGGGGAGUGACGAGUUAGAAGGCUAGUCAUCUUGUAAAUUGAACGUGGAGUUUAGAUAUAGAUGAUGAUAUUGUAAGCUAGAUUGUAAUCCAAGGUUUAUAGCUUUAUUUAAUGGAUAAGUUCUGAAUCUUGUGCAUUGGUGGGACUCGUUUACGAGUGCACGGCGUCUGCCACGUCCUCGGGUUUGGGUUCUGGGGCGUGACAUAAACCGUUAAUAAAGAAUCAAAUACAGU